AUGAGUCGCCGCCGCCCUUCCGUGGUCGAUCUGACCACCCCUACCACGCGGCCACGCUCGUCAGUCGGAUCAUUGGGUCUUCAACGCCCCUCGGCGUCUCCCAUCACGCGCCGCACAACACGACGUAUGUCGGCGCAGAUGGAGCAGAUGGAGCAGAUGGAGCAAUUAGAGCAGCUGGAGCAGCUAGAAGAGAUGGAGCAGCCGGUGCCAAAGCGCCGACGCAUUGAUCUUGAUCCCCAAUCCUCGACCUCAUCCAACUCCCAAGAAGGGGACCCGCCCAUCGAUUUGACCGACGCCGAGGAAACUCGUGCGAAGCAAACACAGGAGGCCAUCCAAGCCCAGCAGCCGGGGGAGCCGGACAAGGUCUUAUCCGCACUCGGUGCAUACAAAUGUCCAAUUUGCAUGGAUACGCCGGAAGAUGCGACCACUACUGCAUGUGGCCAUCUUUUUUGUCACCGAUGCAUCAUAGAAUGCUUGAAGCGUGCGGAUCAACGGACUGACGACCAUUCGAAGCAAAUCAAGGCUACCUGCCCGGUCUGUCGCAAACUGCUCACUCGCAACGAAACGAGUGGCCCCAGAAGAAGUUUGGUCCCACUGAAGAUCAAGCUGAUGACCAAGAAGCGGUCUGCGGUCGUAGUGGCCUGA